AUGGCCUCGUCGGUUGCCCGCUUGCCGUCUGCUACGGCGGAUGACUGGCGCGACCGUGGUCGCCUGGCCGCUGCUGUCCUCGGCGCCUCACACGGUCGGUCGUCGUAUAACCCUGCUGCCCUCCAGAAAGUUCUCGUUCGCCAGCAGAAGACGAAGGUAGGCGGUGAUGCGCCGCCUUCUGCGGCUGAUUUGGAUCCGAUGGGCAAGGCGGAGGGGGGAGGGGAGUCCCGGGCAUCAGCGCGGCGGAGGGAGUCGCAGAACCUCAAUAAGUGGGCGGCGCGGCAGGCGCGGGAGAUGGUGACGACCAUCGAGCGUGAGGCUCACAAAGAGGAUACCUCCACGAUUACCACGGCGGUGCGGCCCGUUUCCGCCCGCGCCGCCUCUUUCCUCCGCGAGGCGUCUCCGUCUGGAUUCUCUGAAUCGUCUUCCACCGCCGCCGGCGGCAAUUUGCAGUCCAAUGUUCGGGCUUCGUCGUUGAUCCAGAUGUGGAGGGAGCUUGAGGCGGAAGCGGAGGCGGAGUCGGGGGGCACGCCCAAGCACCGCGAGGCGUUCGGCGGAGCUGGUGGUAAUACCGAGGACGCCUGCAGCGGCGGCAACAACUCCGAUGGGUCUGAUGAGUUGAAUACGCUCGGCGGCUGGAGCUCCGACACGAUGUCUAUGGCGUCCACCGAGCCGGCGAACUCCGCGUCUGCUUCGCCAUUCCAUGAGAGCGAGCGGAGCCGCGUGGGGAGCAUCGUCAGGAUGCUAACGUCGAGCUACGGUACCGGCGGCGGCUUCGUGGCGCCUCUGAACAAUGAGAACAACCGGUCAGGAAGAGAAAGCCCGGCGGCUGACAAGGCAGAGAGGCCGCUCGGCAGGGUCUCGGGGCCGUCGGUGCUGACGAAUUCACGGCGGCUGAGAGGGCGGGGAGAGAUGGAGAGCUUUGUGGCGAAGAUGGAGCAGGAGCGGCGGCGGGAGCUCGUUGCGUUGGCCGACCACCACCAUGUCUCGGGCUUCUCCUAUCGCGGCCGGCUUCAGUCGAUGCUAAAACUCCGGUCUUUCCCACGGCACAUGGCAAUACAAGAUCAAAUGCGGGUUCAGUCAAGAAGAUUGGAAUUGGAUAAAAUGCAAAAUGGAUCCACAAUCUCAGUUAUCAGGGAGCGAUUCAACAACCAUAGAAGACAGCGUUCCGGUAGCAAAAGAUCAUUCAUGGAGAGCUCAAGCAGUGUACACAUUCAAUUUCCAGCCAUGACUGAAGCCACAGAGUACCCAAUAAGUGUGGACGUCCAGUUCCCCAUAAGUGCCAAAGGUUCAGAUACAACAAUACAUGUUCAGUUCCCCAUGGAUGCAGAAGGUUCAGUUCAUGCAUCUUCUACCAACCAGUUUAUCCUCAAAGAUGAACAUCAGUUUGAAGAAGUAGAUUCCCCGAGAGACUCCAUGAGCAUUCCGAUGGAAGCCAGCACACCUAUUCCUAACAACAAUGAGCUGCAGGAUGAAAGACACAAUAUCGAUGGCUCUUGGGAUGAAAGAAAUUUAUGGGUGGAUAACCUUGAUUGGCAAAGGCCUCCCAACUCACUGCCAUCCAAUGGUUGGGAAAAUGAGGCUGCUGCUGAAAGUGAGGCAGCUGUCGAGGACAUGGAAACAUCCCCACGGCAAAAUCUUGGGAAUUGGAUAAGUGAUCAGUGUUCAGAUUCAUGGAGAGGAUGGAGCAUAACAAGAAAACCUCAAUGUAAUGACUUGUUCGAACGCUUCUCUGAUAAUGUUGAAAUAAGGGAUCUUCUUGAGAGAUUCCUUCAUACAUCUGGUAGAUAA